AUGUCCGAUGGUCAAUUAUCGAGGGCUAGUCCUUCGGGUAUACUCGAUUUGAUGGACGGUUAUCGUCGAACAAAAAUUCUCUUUACAGCAGUGGAACUCGGCAUAUUCGAUUUUCUCAAUAAACAACCAGAGACUGCUCAUCAACUAAAUCAACAUCUAAAACUGGAUGAGCCAAGUUUGAAACGGUUUCUGAAUUCGUGCGUUGCAUUAGAUUUGUUACUCUAUGAUCCUAAAGAGGAAACGUACCAAAACAGUGAAUCGUCAGAUGAAUAUCUUGUUAGUACGAAACCUACUUCAAUCACCAGUUACCUAAAGCAUAACAAUAAUAAAAGUUACAUGUUAUGGUCGCACGUUAGCGAUGCUUUACGUGAAGGAACACAACGAUGGCAUCAAGCAUUUCAUAUUCCUUCAACUUCAACUGAAGAAACAUUAUUUGCGACAACGCACUAUGCAAAUGAAGCAGCACAAAUGGAUUUUCUAGAUGGUAUGCACGGUAUGAUGAAAAUAAGCGCCGCGAAGAUUGUUGAGCAAUUUGAUCUUAGCAAGUACAAACAUCUUGUCGACGUUGGUGGCUGCAGCGGAGAACUGGCCAUGACUGCUUGCAAUAAAUAUCCGCAAUUACGUGCUACAAUAUUUGACCUGCCUGACGUAAAAGCGGCUGCAACGAAAUACAUCCACAAGGCUGACAGAAUAAAAUAUGAAACUGGAAACUUUUUCAAAGAUGAACUACCAAACGGGGAUUUGUAUGUAUUAGGUCGGAUCAUUCACGAUUGGAACGAACAAGAUGGGAUCAAAAUAUUAACAAAAAUCUAUAAUUCACUGCCAGAAACAAAUGGAGCUGUACUGAUCGUGGAAACAUUGUUAAAUGAGGAUAAACUGGGCCCAGUGCAUUCGGUACUCCAAGAUAUUAACAUGCUCAUGGCUACGAGUGGAUGCGAACGAAGUUUCUCGGAAUAUAAACAACUAUUAGAAUCGAUUGGAUUUAAACGCAUCGAAGCAAAACGGACAGGUACUCGUUUAGAUGUCAUAAUCGGUCGAAAACAUUAA